UUUUUUUUUCACGUCCGCUCUCUUUGUGCCUGAAAGACAGCUCUCGCUCUCACUCUCACUCAACGCCACCUGCACCUCUCCCCUUCCUGACUUUCCAAUCGACCCCUGUCCCAUUCACACUCAAGCUCAACAUAGCAAACUCGUUCUAAAUCAUACACCCACAUCUACACUUCCUCAGUAGACUUCCUCAGUAGACUUCCUCAGUAGCACACCAUUGUCAGAAAACUCAGCCAGUCUACAACUCCAAGGGACUCGGGACACUCGUUCUCGUUCGCCUGACCCCGGGUAUCACGCACAAGUCUUUUCGCCUAAUAAAACACCCUACUCAUUCAGCGACCAACACAGCAGUCAGCCUCUAAACAGCCGUUCGCGAGUCCACUAUGAGCAAAGGCGGGAAUAUCAAGGUCGUGGUGCGGUGUCGACCACUCAACAGUCGAGAAAUCGCAAAGCAAUCAGAAUGCAUCAUCCAUAUGGACGGCAACAUGACCACGAUCCGGAAACCGGACGACGGAAGCUCAAAGUCCUUUUCAUUUGAUCACUCAUACUGGUCUUUCGACAAAAACGACGCCAACUACGCAGGGCAGCAGCGUCUGUACGAGGAUCUUGGAGUCGAAUUGCUAAACCAUUCUUUCAGCGGGUACAACACCUGCAUUGUGGCCUAUGGACAAACUGGCAGCGGAAAGUCCUAUUCAAUGAUGGGAUACGGCGAAGAGCGCGGCAUUAUACCCUUGUCCUGCCAUGAGCUGUUCCGCAGGAUAGAGACCAACAAGGACCCAGCACUGAGCUACAGGGUCGAGGUUUCUUACAUGGAGAUCUACUGUGAGCGAGUGCGGGACUUGUUGAACCCAAAAAAUAAGGGUCAUCUCAAAGUGCGGGAACAUCCUUCGCUCGGACCCUAUGUUGAGGAUCUCUCAAAGCUCAUGGUGACCUCGUAUCAGGACAUUGCAAACCUGAUGGACGAAGGAAACAAGGCACGAACUGUUGCAGCGACCAAUAUGAACGAGACUUCCAGUCGAUCGCAUGCUGUCUUUACAGUGCUCCUCACCCAAAAGCGACAUGAUCUUGAAACGAAGCUGGACACUGAAAAAGUAUCCAGGAUCAGUCUAGUGGAUCUUGCAGGCAGUGAGCGAGCGAAUUCAACGGGAGCAACAGGAGCACGACUCAAAGAAGGAGCCAACAUUAAUAAAUCGUUGACGACACUUGGAAAAGUCAUCUCUGCUCUGGCGGACGCAUCCAGUGCAACUGUGACUGUACCCAAAAAAGGCGCCAAGAAGCCGGCUGAGGUCUUCAUUCCCUAUCGCGACUCGGUCUUGACAUGGCUUCUCAAGGACUGUCUAGGAGGAAAUUCCAAGACAACCAUUAUCGCAGCACUCUCACCUGCAGAUGUCAACUACGACGAAACCUUGAGCACCCUUCGUUAUGCAGACCAGGCUAAGCGAAUCAAGAACAAGGCUGUCGUGAACGAGGACCCAAAUGCAAAACUUAUUCGGGAGCUCAAGGAGGAACUUCUGGAGCUGAGAUCCAAGCUCAAUGUCUACGAUCCUUCCCACGUUGGUGGCGAUUUCAAAACCCCUAAUACUCUGGUCACCAUCGUGGAUCUUCAUGGCAACACGAGGAUACUCAGCAAGGCGCAGUUGCAGGACGAGGUCCAAGCGUCGGAAAAGAUCAUGGCCGAACUGAACGAGACUUGGGAGGAAAAACUGCGCAAAACUCAGGAGAUCCAACAGGAGCGCGAAAAGACACUUGAGGAGCUUGGAAUUUCAGUCGAGAAGGGACAUAUAGGAGUGCACACACCCAAGAAGAUGCCUCAUCUUGUGAAUCUCAACGAGGACCCACUUAUGUCGGAAUGUCUCGUUUAUCAGCUUAAACCCGGCAAUACAGUCGUUGGUAGACUCAAUUCGUCCGUGCCAGCAGAUAUUCGACUCUCAGGAAGCAAUAUCCAGGAUGAACAUUGCUAUUUCGAGAACAACAACUCGGUAGUGACACUCCACCCUGGGAAGUCCUCCAUGACCAUGGUCAAUGGAUUGCGGAUUAGCAAACCCAAAAAACUCCGGUCUGGAUUUCGCGUCAUCCUUGGCGACUAUCACGUCUUUCGAUUCAAUCACCCUGAGGAGGUCCGCCGUGAGCGAGAUUCAAUGCAGCAACAACAGAACACACCAUUGUCAAGCAUGGUCUCGUCACCAAACUCCAGGACACAGGGAAAUCACUCGAACGGGAUGGAGGAGGAUCGUCCAGAGGAUCGGCCCGACUCUCCAUUAUCUUCAGGAUCUGUACAAUCGGAAUUCGUGGACUGGAAUUAUGCCCGCAAAGAAGCCGUGAUUCACGCCCACAUGCUGUCCGAGUCCAAUAUCAAUCAGCUGAAGGACCAGGACCUGGACGUACUGUUCGACAACAUUGCAAAGAUCCGGUACAUGCGCAAGAGUGUGCGGUCCGAGAGCCGAGCAGGUUCCAACUUUGACGACGAUCUGGAAUCAAGGUCAUCGAGAUUGUCGUUUAAUGGGCGGUGGCAUGGUGAAGAUGGACGGGAGAGUCCGAUUCCACCUCUGGAGUCGUCCGCUUGGGCUCUCAAGGAGAAACUUCGGCUUGCGCAGGAGGAGGUCCAGCAAAUGACACAGCAAAAGCAGGAGUACGAGGCCAAGAUCCAGAACCUUUCCGCUGCAGAGGCCAAGUCUGACGAGCUUCUAGCGGAGAAGGCGCUUAUGGAGGAGCGGCUGCGUCAGGCCAAGGAGGAUCUCAUGAAGAAGCUGGAGCAGCAGCGGGAACAAUAUGAGAGCAAGAUGAAGCGACUAUCGUUGGCAAGCAUAUCUUCUCAUCACCUGGAGGAAUCCCAGCUAAAGGGAAAGCUUCUACUUCCAUUGUACUCGGACUAUGAGCUGAAGGUGAUCCACAAGACCCUGAAGCGGUGGAAGGAACAGAGGAGCGUACAGAUGGCCGAGACGAUCCUGACCAACGCAGUGCUGAUUAAGGAGGCAAACAUCAUCAGUCAUGAGCUUUCAAAAAAUGUUGUCUACCAGUUCACGGUCAUCGAAGAUGGACCCUUUGUCAACCCAUCAUCGUUCUGGGAGAGCGCCUCAGGAUUGUCUCAGUUCAACAGCGACGAGGAGACAUCACUCUCGAGUCUGAAGCGACCAUGUGUGGGCGUCAAAAUCAUCGACAACAAGCACCACUCGAUCUACUUCUGGUCGCUUGAGAAGUUAAUGACGAGACUGCAGCGGAUGAGGAGCCUUUACAACUUUGUCGACCGACCUCAGUACAGGAAGCAGUUCAACAUGGAGGACCCAUUCUACGAGACACCAUGUCCGAGGUUUACGUUCAUUGGAGCGGCAUCUGUCGCCUUGAAGAGUCUUCUCAGGAUGCAAUUUUUGGAGAGCGUUGUUCCAAUCAUUUGCCGGAUAACAGGAAAGGCCAUGGGUCAUUGCCGGAUAGGACUUACCCCUCUCAGCCGGAGUGAUGCCAAGAGUCGAGCCGCGCUGUCGCCAACUUCCUCAAUACCGAAUUCACCAACGGCCCUGGCACAUAGUCGGGGCACUAACCGAGGCCAUAGUCGCGAGCGGCCUCGCCUUGGCAAUGGCAAGUUGGAAGGGGUACAAAGUUUUGUUGGUGUUGGCGACCAGCUUUUAUUUGAAAUCUCGAUUCUCGCUAUCGAGGGGAUUUCCGAGCAGCAAUAUACCCAGGUGCAUGCCCAGUUCCGGCUCUCGAAUUUUGGUGGUGCGGUACCAAACUCGACAGGCGACAAGGUAUUUGCCACCGAUCCGGCGAAUAGUUUCGAGGACAAGUCUAUUUUUUUCGGCUUUACGCAGACACUCUCUAUGGUGGUGACUCAGCCCAUGCUGGAUGUGUUGACGAGCGGAAGCCUACACUUUGAGGUCUUCGGACAAGCCAGGACAGCGACCUUGGCAGCAUGGGAAAAGUGGGACGUGGACCAAGAGCUCGCCUUUCAGCAAGUACAGCAGCAACAGCAGGAGCAACAGGACGUUCAGAAAAACGGGCAUGCGCCUGUCGGAGGCGUCGUGAGUACUGGCAAUAAUCGGCCCUCGCUGGAUAGUCUCGGCUCCAUUGGUGCGGUGUCAGAUCGUCGAUCGGAGGAUGGACAGUCGAGGGUGGAACACCACGAUGUUUUGACGUUUGUCCAGCUGUGCGAGCUCGCUCCUGAUGGGGAAUACAUGCCGGUACAAGUACUCUCGAACUCGGUCAUGGACCCUGGCGCAUUCCAGUUGCGGCAAGGCCUACAGCGUCGCAUCAUCUUGUCGCUUUCACACACAUCCGGACGACAAUUUCUCUGGAGCAGCAUUUCGAACAUAAAGGUUGGUAAUGUGCGACUGGUGGAUAGCAAGGGUCGUGUCACGGAUUCUUCAUCUAGAGAAGAUAUUUCACUCAGUAUUGUGCCUGGCCAAAAAGUCGAGUAUUCAACGGAUGGGACCAGCGAAUUAGUUAUUCAGGCUUCUUGGGACAGCACACUUCACGAGUCGCAGCACCUGAACAGGGUCACAGUAUCUGGCACUCGGGUGGUGAUGACAGUCAGCUGGUGUGUAGAGGCUGAGCGCUGUCCAGAGCCCAUUCGGUUCCAGAUGGAUGUUGCAGCUCAGAUUCAGGAGCGAGAGGCGAGAGCACCAUCAAAGUUGACAUCCUUCCUUGCAUCUACAAGGCUUCUUUCGCGAAUGAGUGGAUUGUUCCUGCUCUCACUCAAGCCGAUUGUCACUAAAAAGGCGUCAGAGCUCUGGCGAAUGAACACGGCAGGCGAAUACGUUCGUGGCGAAGAGUUUUUGGCAGGCUGGAAGCCUAGGAGUGUGUCGCUUGUGAGCGGAUUUCAAGCAAGGACAGCCCUAAUCAACAGGCAAGAGGAGGUGGAGAAGGUGAGGCAGCAUUUGCAGCUCCAAAGCGUCAAGGUCGAAGAUGGGGAGGGCACCGAAAGCGAUAGUUCGAUUGCGAACGGCAGUAUCAAUGGCGAGCUGGAUUCGCGCUCACGGGAGUUACUGGAGAGGAUGGUGCGACUAUGGAGGCGGAAAUCGAUUACAGUUGAGCAGCUUCUUUCGAGCCGCAACUCGGACUCAACAGACGACCAAGAUGAUAUUUCAAACGCAAAAUCCUCUCGGCCAGCUCUGCGCUUCCACUCUGAGGUCAAGUUCAUUACUAAGAGUGAGAAUGUGUCCAAGAAGGGUUAUUUACAUUACCCCGAGUUCAAGGACGAUGUUUGGGUCAAGCGAUACUUUGUGAUCCGCCGUCCGUACAUGUACAUAUAUGCCAAUAGCUCGGAGACAGAGGAGCUCACUGUUCUGAACCUGACCCAGGUGCGCGUCGAUUACAAACAAGACCUGGAAGAGAUGCUGAACCGCCAGUACGUGUUUGCGAUCUACACCGUCAAUAACGCGUACCUUUUACAGGCUCCCUCUCGCGACGAGAUGUGCUCUUGGCUUAAUCAGCUCGAUCAGUUCUUCAACCUCUCGCAGAUUCCCAGCUAGUGUUGGCGCCUUUUUAAUAAUUACCCGCCUCCACCGCUUACUUCGCUCAGCUUCGAUGUAUACAUACCAUAUUAACCCAUGCCAUGCAGCCUUACUCACCUCUCGUCAAGCGCACGCUUUAACAGUGUAAAAAUAUAUUUCUUGCCAUAAAUUUCAUAAACC